AUGGAGGAGGUGUCGGCAGUCCUGGCCAAAAUUCAGCCAGAGCUCAUCUGUCCCGUCUGCCUGGACUACCUCGAUAACCCCAUCACCAUUGACUGCAGCCACAACUUCUGCGCCUCCUGCAUCCGCACGUCAUGGAAGGACCUGCAGGACAGAUUCCCUUGUCCCGUGUGCCGGCGGGCCCUCCAGGAGAUGCGCGUCAGUGGCAACGCCCAGCUGGGCAGGCUGGUGGACCUGGUCAAGCUCCUGCACAGCUCUGGGAGCAGAGAGAUGGCGCAGGCAGAGGAACACAGGUGUGAGGAGCACAGGCAGGUGGUGAGCCUCUUCUGUGAAGAUUACCAGGAGCCGGUGUGUCCCCUGUGCCCCCAGGGCCCUGUCCACCAGGGACCCAACAUCAGGCCCGGGGAGGAGGUUGCACAUCAGUACAGACAGAGGCUCGGCGGCUUCAUCGAGUCCCUGAAGUCACAGCGGGCAACGGUGGAGAAGCUCUUAGUCAUCCAAGAGAAAAAGCUCCUGCAGCUGAGAGAGGAGGUAAGAAUGCAUAACAGUCAGUUGGCCUCAGAAUUUGAGCAGCUCACCCAGUUUGUGGAGCGUGAACAAGAGGCGGCACUCUGCAGGCUGGCCAAAGAGGACAAACGCCUGCAGCAGCAGCUCAGGGCCAACCUGGAGGCCUACUCGGACCACAUCUGGGCGCUGAAAGACCUCAGACGGGAGGUGGCCGAGUGGAGCGUGAUGUCCAAGGAGAUGGUGCUGAUGGGCGUGAGGGGCCUGCAGAAACGCUGGGAGGGCCUGCAGUCCCCAGUCAUGCAGCCCCUGCCCUUCAGGCCGGUGGCCUACAGCCUCCCUCCUCUGUGCUCGGCGCUCAGCAGCAUCAUCUGGAGAUUCCGAGAGCGCAUCAGCCUGGACCCCUACAUGGCACACCCCAGCCUGCGCGUGUUCCGGGACCUCAUGUCAGUGACCUGCGGCUUCGCCUCUGGCCGCCACUACUGGGCGGUGCAGGUGGGCGCCAAGCCCAAGUGGGCCGUGGGCGUGUGCAGUGUCGUGCCUUCCGCCCAGGCCACCGGUCCCCUGGCAUCUCCCAAGAGAUGCUGGACGCUGCAGCUGCAGGAUGGAGACUACCUGGCCCUGGGAGCGGGGCCCGUGCCUUUGGCUCUCAGGGACCAGCCCGCGGCCAUCGGCGUUUACCUGGACUGGGAGCUGGGACAGCUUUCCUUCUACAACGCCGCCGACAGGUCUCACCUGCACUUGUUAAACGAGCCCUUUGCUGAAGAGCUCAAGCCCUACUUCCUCCUGAGGCCCGACUGUGCCCCUCUCUCCGUGGGUGUGGGGAGAGUUUAA